AUGUUCGGAGGUAAAAUCUGGUCGGCCGCAGACUGGAGCCCCUGCAGCCGCUCCUGUGGAGGUGGGCAGCAGACCCGGGCGCUGCGCUGCCUCCGGAGGGCCACGUACCAGCGGGAAGAGGCCGCGGUGCAGUCCCUGUGUCCCGUCAUGUCUCCAGCCCAGAUCCAACCCUGCAACACCCAGGCCUGCCCCCCCGAGUGGAGCAGCGGGGCCUGGUCACAGUGCUCAAAGAGCUGCGGGCGCGGCAUGAGGAAGCGGAGUGUGUUCUGCCGCAGCACUGAUCCCGGAGCCUCUGCGGUGGUGGUGCCUGACAGCAUGUGCAGACAGCAUCACAGACCCAAAGCCCAGGAGCUCUGUGUCAUGAGGCGCUGCCCCAAGAACGACAGGCUGCACUGGACCCCUACACCCUGGGGAGAGCCCAAUGCGGCGAAGAGCUUGGCGGGGUGGUGGGGGGGCGGCGGGGGUCUAAGGCGGACCGACCACUGA